CGAACGUAGCACUGUACUUGCGACCCGACCUAGCGCUUUCCAAGUGCUCAAGAGACGAGCGGGGCACAGAUGCAAGUAUUCUUCGUCUCCCAGCAGCGAGAAAGCUUGCUUUCGUAUACUGCUCGCUUUUCUAUUUAGCAUUCGUAGAUUUACUGCGAAGAGUUUUGUGUGUGUGUGAAAAGAAGGGAUCGAAAAUGGUGGUUCGUUCGCUGGACAACGUAGUGAUAAAGUCUCCGACGGAUCAGCGAACUUAUCGAAUCCUUCAUCUCGCCAACGGCCUCACAGCCGUUCUCGUUCAUGACCCCGACAUAUUCCCCGACGUCGCCCUUCCGGGAGAAUACGAAGCGGAUACCCGAACCCGUGCCUUAGAUUCAGAGGAUGACAGCAUGGAGGAUGACGGCGAUGACGACGAAGUGGACAGUUGCGACGAAGAAGAUGAAGAGGAGGAAGACGAAGCAGGUGCUGGAGGCAAGAGCGAGGGAAGGACGAAAAAGGCUGCCGCUGCAAUGUGUGUUGCAAUGGGAAGCUUCUCUGAUCCUUAUAAGGCACAGGGUCUGGCACAUUUUUUAGAACACAUGCUUUUCAUGGGGAGUUCAGAAUUUCCCGAUGAAAAUGAGGUUUGCAUGAUCUUUACCAUAAUAGUUACUAUUUAA